GGAGACUCGCUAUUGAGAAACCGGCCCUUUAUCGCCUUCAUAACCUCGUAACCUGGCUACGCAAAGACUCGCCUAACAUUGACAAAUGUCACUAUAUCACUUCCUAACCAAGUCUAGCUGUCUUUGUGAAAAAAUGUUUUUAUUUAGAAUAUUUAACGCAAAUUCGAUAAAAGCUUUGAAUCCGAUAAUUAGAAAAUGUCUGAGCACCCAACAACAAAUACCAAGAUUACCACGGAUACAUUUUAUACCCGCACUGAAUUCUUGGAUUUACAAUCAAAAUGAUAAAAUAAUAUCUCCUAAAAAUUCGAGUAACAAAAUAGAAUUACCUAAUGGUCUAACAUGGGUACCACCACUGAUUGACCCUAUUAAAAUAUCAACAGAGAUUAUAGUUCCUUCAACACAAACAGCUGAUACCCCAAGAGAAGCUAUCAGAAUGAUUGUCAUUAGAAGGAAGAAAAUGAAAAGGCAUAAAUUGAGAAAGUUGAAAAAGAAGAUGAAAUAUGAAUGGGCAAAACUUAAACAAAAUAGAGAACUUAAAAAAGAAAAGGCAUUCCAAAGAGUCCUCAUUCAGCAAUGCAAAGAUGCAGAAUCCUUCUGUGCCGACGACUACGUUGAGAAGAAAUUAGAUAAACUACAUGAAGUUGUAAUUCCAAGAUACUGGAAGGGCAAACGGUAUCCAGAAUUUUUGAUUAGACAGAAAAUGGGUCUGCCCGCCAAUUAAAAUUUGAAUGUUCAAUUUUUUGAAAUAUAUAUUGUUUUAAUUUUGAAGAAUUU